GUUGUGGUGCAGAUAAGGAUUAUUAGCUGUGAAUGCCUCAGGCACCCCUGAGCCACCCCUUAGCGCCUCCGCCUCCCAUUCCCCUCCACCGCAGGGAGCGGAGUGGGCUCUGGCAGAGGCGGGAAAACCUCACCCUCACUGGGCGCCUCUGGGGAAGCAGAGCAGGGGCAGGAGCAGGAGCGAUUCAGGGGCGCUUUAACAGUGGGCUGGGUGCGGCGGGGGCCGCGGGGCUGAAGUGUAAAGCGUGAGGAGCGGGGCAAGCCUCGCCGCUGUUCCCUCACGUCCCCGUGGGGCGGGCUGGGCACUCCCGGUCUCCUCAGGCUCCCGGCCGGGCCAGCGCGGAGGGGGCGGGGAGGCAGCGGUUGGUCAGGGCGGGUAGUUCAAAGCCGAGCGAGGGAAAGCGGCGGCGGCCGCACGCGAGGGGCCGGUGUGGGUGGGGAGAGCGAAGCGGCUCCUCGCCAAGGGCAACGGGCCUGGGGCCGGGCGGCCAGAGCUGCUGAAGUUCCUCCAGCCCGCCUUCCCUCCUGCUCCUCGCUUUCAGCCCUGCUCGGGGUGCCCCGCCGCCGCCUCAGCUGCUCCCGGUGGGAGGGCGGCCUCCAGGCUCCGCUCUGUGCCCACCGGUUUGCCAGGCGAGAAAGCGAAGCCGUUGCUUUGCUCGUGUCCGGCAUCCCAGGGGACCGAGAGACCCUCGGGUGCUGGUCCUCAGCUGCGUCCCUGUUAUCGCCAUCGCUGGGUUAUCACUAGGGGUAAGCAAUACUUUGAAUACAGCGCAUUUGCUCUGGAAGAUCUUGAUUUGCUUCACAAAUUAGGAAUGCCUGAGAAUGAAACUGCAAGCAUGAGGUUUUCCUGUUGUUGUUUCUUCAGCAUCCUGCCUGAAAAUUAAUUUUCUAAGCCUCGGAGCCUUUGGGCUUUUGUUAAAUGUGUUGUUAGUUCGACUGUAUUUAAGGGAAAUACUAAUAUUUUGAAAGAAACAACAGUGCUAUCUUUAUUUACAAAGUCAAAGUGUCAAGCAGAAGAUGUCAGACAGUCCUCUAGUGAGGUUCAACAUUCUUAAAAGAAAUAGAUUAACACCUCCCAGGAGCAGCUUUAAAUACUCAAAUUUUAAAGACAUGUAUUGCACUUCAGCAUUUCUGGACAGCAGAUGCAAUGAGUCAGGAGAAGAUCCUGAGGCAGACUGUGAAGGAGCACCCAGUGUAACAAGUGUAUCGUUGCUACAGGGGCCUUCUGAGCACGUCCAUCCAAGUGCCUUCUUUCCCAGGUCACCAUCGAUUGAAAAAGAAUUUAAUUCUAUCUCAUUAUCAGAAGAAAGAGAAACAAAAAGAAGUGCAGAUUUUUUUGAAACUCCUAAAUCAGGCAGAAAAGGUUCCUCACUACGCAGAAGGCUGCUUUUACCCAAUACUGUCGAAGGAGGCACAACUGUAGAAUGCUGUGAAAGACAACUUAGUUCUUUAGGAAGCAUCAGGAAAAAAAUAUUCUCUUGUGUUUUGAGCUCUGAAGAAAAGCUUUCACAAACAGCUGCAUAUUCUCCAAAAGAUAAAGGUUACAAAACUCUGACAACUAGCACUUCAGAACCUGAGAAUUCUAAUCCUAAUUCUCCAAAAAGGAGGCUUUCCUUUUCCCAACAAAGGACUUCUACACUAGAAGAUUCCCAGUGUAAGGACCCCUUAUUGUUAGAAUCAGAAGGUUUGUCUCCAAUUCAGUGGAAGGAUGUCACUGCUAGUAACACUAAGGAAUUCAAUGAAAAUAUUCUUAUGAGUGUUAGAGAUGGGGUGCUUAGGACUCCUGCUUACAGUAGGAGUAGCCUACCUGAGGCCAGUGAGGGCAAAUACCUGACUUCUAUCCCCAGCCCAGCAGAGAACUUGAACUUUGGACUAUGUGAUAUAAACUCUCCCCCUGUUAAGGUAGCAAAUUACCCAGAUCUUUCAACACCUGAAGACAGUGGAUAUAAUUCACUUCCUUUGGACAAAUCAGGAGACUCAUUGUCUGAUUAUGAGGGAUCUUUCCAAGAGCUCUUCCAAAAGCACAAAGAAGAUUCUAGAACUUUAGACAGUAAAAGAAAGACAAGAAAACUUGAGCGAGUCAGAAGGUUAUCCACUCUUCGGGAACUCGGCUCCCAGUCAGACACAGAAGAUAAUCAUGGCAGUCCUACUUCAAUGCAUGUGUUAACAAAAGAAAGAGACUUUGUCAGUGAAGAUCAUGAGUUAGUUCUAAAAGAACAGCCUAGUGGAGACCUGGUUGUAAGUCAUGGGGAUUUCUCAAGAACUCCAGCUCUGAAAUUAAUUAAUGAAAUUUGCUUGCAAAGACAAAGAUUGCACCAAAAGCAAAUCUCAGAGAAUAUUGAUGGAACAGAAAUAUUUGCAUUAGAUCAUGUUCUUCCUGGACUUAUUGGCAAGAAAAUGGGCCUUGAAAAAUUAGAUAUUUUAACAGAAUUGAAAGAUAGAAAUUUAAGACAUGUUCUUGCUAUAGUUUUAGAUGCUUCGACAGUAGAAAGUCUAUGCAGCAUUUGGAAAGUAAGCAAAAGCUGGCGUGAAAUCAUUGUACAAGACAGAAAUGCAGAUAAGAGGAGAAAACUGUACACAAAACAGAUGAAACAAGCAGCUCGGGAACAUCUAUUGAAGGCUGAAGAUGCUGCUACAAGACUUAAUAUUCUCAAUAGAUCUGCUCUAAGGCUUGUUCAAGCUCAAGCCAGAACUCCUGUUUUACAGACACCACCUUCACACACUGAAAUUACACCUAGGAGAUGCAGUUCUGUUCCCCACUCAGCUAGCAGGCAGGAAGAAUACAUGAAAGUUGCUAAAACUCUGUUCACUGAUGAAGCUCUAAAACCCUGUCCAAGAUGUCAAUAUCCUGCUAAAUAUCAAUUGGUAAUGAAACUGGGACUAUGUAGCAGAGAAGCAUGUGCAUUUGAGUUCUGUAUUUUAUGUCUGCAGGCAUUCCAUGGGUCAAAAGAAUGUAAUAGUUUAUCUGCAAAACGGAAGAAUAAAAAAGAUGCUCCACCAGGAAGUGCCCAAAGCAAAAGAAAUUUAAAAAGGCUCUAAAUUUGUAAAGCAUGUAACUUACAUUUAAUUCUUUUACCCCUUCCCCUAAAUUCCUGAUCUUGUUCCUAUGCUUCCUAAAGGUAUGCAUUUUGAAAGCAUCAUCCCAUUUGUUCUUGUUGACUUACCAAGAUAACCUCUCAUGUAUAUAUCUUAAUUAACAUAGUAGAAUGUUUUUUUAAAAAAUGAACAUUUAAAAAUAUUUUAUGUUUUGUUUUACCUGUUGUCUAGUAGGUAGAAACUAACAUCUUAAUUUUUAAAUAAAGUGUCUUAAAUGUAGU